AUGACUAGAAAAAAGGUGAAGCUUGCUUUCAUUGAGAAUGAUACUGCAAGGAAAACAACUUACAAGAAAAGGAAGAAUGGUUUAGUGAAAAAGGUUGAUGAACUAACAACGCUUUGCGGCAUCGAUGCUUGUGCUAUCAUUUAUGGCCCCUACGAUGCUCAACCUGAGAUCUGGCCGUCGCCGUCGGGAGUCGACAAGGUGCUUUCGAAAUUCUUGACUGUGCCUGAGUUAGAACAAGGCAAAAAGAUGGUGAAUCAAGAGAGUUUCCUGAAACAAAGGAUUUUGAAGGCUGAAAAGCAAUUUAUAAAGCAAUGGAGAGACAACAGAGAGAAAGAGACAACCAUGUUCAUGUUUCAAUGUCUCAUUGCUGGGAAUAUCGUGCAGAACGAUAUCUCCCCGAGUGGUUUGAAUGAUCUUGCUUGGAUGAUCGAUAAGAAUCUGAAGGAGAUUGGCAGAAGGAUGGAAUCAGGUGAUAGCAACAGUAAUAUUCAUCAAAACCAAAGUGAAAAUCAAAUCAUUACGGCACAAAGCCAAGUUCAACUCCAAAUGGCACCGCCACUGCUACUACCACCGCCGCCGCCACCACCAACAACCGCACCUAAUAACGAAGAAAUUGCAAUGAUGAGCCAUGGCAAUAACCACAUCAUGUUUAUGGAGAUGAUGAUGAAUGGUGCUGAACCUGAUGAAACAAUUCCGUUUGGUUAUGACGCCAAUCUACAGAAUGGAUUUUGA